CCGAUUGUCUGACAUUUGUAUAACCGCAUCAGAAUUUUAUUCGGCCGUGGUUGAUUAUUAUUAUUUUCUCUGUGGAGAUUCGCGAAUUUCUGUCUGCACUUUUGCUGCUAAUCCAUCAACGAAAAUGAUUCGAAUUCCGUUUGGUAAACGUCAUGCUGAAAUAGCGACCCGCUGGAUUCCCUCACUAGCAACCUUCGGUGGGGCAGCAAGCUUGGGUCUAUUUUACUUCACCGAUUGGAAGGUUGUGUGCAGAUACAUCCCAUUUUACGGUGGAAAAUACAACAAAGAAGAAUAAGCAUGGGAAAUGAUGGAAAAUUCUAGUUAAAUUUACUGUAAAAAACUAAGAAAAAAUAAAAUAAAAUUUCGAGAGAAAAAA